GGUCAGGGCCGCGGUAGCACGGUAACUAGGCGUCCGGGCUCGGCUGUAGCUGGGCGCUCCAGUCCGGGGGCUGGGGCAGCUCCCGUGGCUCCCGGUUCCGCCGUACCCUUCUCCACGAUCUGGGUCGGGCAUGUUUUCCAGGGCCCAGGUGAAGCGGGUCCUGCAGCGGGUGCCCGGGAAGGAACGAUUCGGCGUCUACAGGUUCCUGCCCUUUUUUUUUGUCCUGGGAGGAACGAUGGAGUGGAUCAUGAUUAAACUGCGUGUGGGCCAGGAGACCUUCUAUGAUGUCUACCGUAGAAAAGCCUCAGAACGACAGUAUCAGAGAAGGCUGGAAAAUGCAUCGGAGACUGAACUUCAGCCGUCAAUAAAGUGAAUAUGAAAUUUCA